AUGCCGACGGGAUUUCUGAGAGCGUUUUGGACUCAGCUUUCUUCUCCAUGUCUCAGAUCUCCAUUGUCUAUCUCUAAAACACUCUCUAUCCCUCUCCCGGUAUACCACUUACCACCACCCAAAAACCAUCAAACACCCCAUUGCUACCAAACUACUGCUUGUGAAGUUCCUCAGCCCCCUCUACCUUCGAACUUGCCGGAAAAGGGAAGAAAAAUCAGCAGCAGGAGGCUGCCGAACUUUCUCAUGAAUCUUCACAGCAUCAUCGUCACUGCUACCUUGCGCCACCGACUUCCGCCACCUCCAGCCAUCCAUACGGUUGUAGGAAAUCGGAUUAAACCCGGAGAUUACGAUAUCAAGACAACACAUCCCGAUUUUCAAACGACUCGAUAACCGCUCAUUAAGGUGAGUGUUACUGCCCCGCUUUUACAUAUUUUCGUAGGGGGGGAGGAUACAUGUAGUACUUGUAUAUCUAGUAUAUUUCUAUUUUCUAAAUACUUUGUUUAAACAAAUAACACCAUCGUUUUUUAUGCAACA